AUGAGCGGAAGUCCCACCAGUAAGCUCGCCACGAUUGUCGUUUCGGUCGCUGCUAACCGCCAGACAGACACCUUUGCCCAUCAUACCCUUCUACCGCACGACCAGAGCUUGCCAGAAACCCACCGGCACGUACCGACACCUAUAAUGCCUGCCCGUCUCGCACCAGUUCAGCCCAGCCCCGCUCCACCUGUAAUGAUUAGCCAGAGGAUGGGUUCGAAUGUACUUCCAAAUGGCUUCACGCAUACUCCACCCGAGAUGGCCAUGGCCAUGGGUAUGCCCAUGACCCCUCUUGUGCCGGACAUGCCUCAUAUGGAGCAUUUCCUGCCAAUGCACGGGACUCCCUAUGAUUCUCAGCCUGAUCACUUCUUAAAUUUCAAUAGUGGCCAUGGAAGCAUGCUGGAUUUUGACCAGACCAACUUCAUGACCGACCUGAUGACGCCGCCUGCUGAACCGUUGCAUGAUCAUGGUGAGCAAUUCCAAAGACUCAGCGACCAGUUCCAGAUGAGCAAUCACCUUGGCAUGGCGACCCCAAAUCAUAUUCCUCUCCCUAUGCAGAUCCAACAUGGCUCAGCUCCGUAUGGUCUAGGUCUGGAUUUGGACAGUCCCAAAACCAAAGACUACCGAGUUACCACCGGCUUCUCAUCAUCGAGCUCGUCUGCCACCAGCCCCGUCCCAGAAGUCGAGUCAGUGAUGGCUGCUCGUCACGCUGGUAUCCUUGCUCUACACUCUGAGAUUGCUGCUCAACAUACAGGAUCCCUGUUGCAGUGCAACCAUGUAUGUAUGGUUUGUUGGACCUCCAUGCAAAACCAACAAUAUUAG